UGGGCAUAUAGAUUGACUGGGAAGGCCUGGGUGUAUAGAUUUGUAGGCUUGAAAGAAGCCUCUCUAGGUGCUCAGUGUGUGCUCCAGGAUGUGCAAAGCUUAACACUGUUUUUAUCAAUGAAGCCCCAGGUUGGUGGGGAAAGAGGAGUGGUCUUGUAGAGGCAGAAUGGGGAAACUAAGACAGAGGGUCCUACCCAGAAGAGAUGGGGCUUUGAGGAGCAUCACCCAAGUUUAUUUUCACCAAGGUCUAAGGAAAAAGAAAUGAGGCGAUUUCAGAUCCUCUCAAGAGAGAGACUACAAUCCAAGGUGCCCAGUAUCAGUAUCAAGGCUUUCAGUGGGGAGGAGGGAGGUGCUCUCAGCAUGAGAUGGGGAUCAGGCUAGGAAUCCGAGGUAACAGCAGAUACUAGAAUUCGGUCCUGAGGGAGCAGAAUCAGCCUGAACCAAGCUCCAGGCCCAUUGGGAAGAGAGAGGGACCCCUAGUCUCGUAGUCUGAGGCUGUGAGAACCCCAAAUAGUUGGGCAACCUGCUGAGUGCCAGAUCUUUUUCCAUAUGUAGGUAACUUUUUCAUAUGGCUGAGUCAUAGGCAUCAUAACCCCAAUUGAAGGGUCAGGAGCAGCUUCAGAGGCCCAGUCUCUACUGAGAGGCAGAUUUAAACCUGCAUAUGUCCGGCUCCAAAUCUCACCCUUGUCCACUAUUCAUCAGGACCUCCCAUUCCUGGGUGUGGGCUACUAUGUGUAGCCUCUUAGUAGUGGGACUAGAGAGAUGGUGAUGCAAGGUGGAAGCCAGGCAAGCCUGAGGAGAAGCAGAAGACAUGGUGAAGAAUCCUUGCUGGGGCCUGCCACUCCUGACCCACUCUUACCUGGUAUCAUAGAAAUGAAUAACCACCUGAGUUUUUUCAGAUACAUAAAGUUCACCCCUUCAUAAUUUAGAACUUUUUUGAAAACUCAUUUUGGAAAUAAAUGAUUCCAGACAUUACACCCAUCUUCAGUACAGCUGAAAAAUAAAUAUUUCUGUAUAGCUGAGGAACAUUCCUAGAACCCAAUGGCUUCUCUGUAGCAGUGGUUUCAGAAGCUGUAACAGUAUCAGGGAAGCUAGCUAUCUUGUUGCCAAAUGACCCUAGACCACUUUUUAAAUGCUUGCAACUAUUAAAAAACAACUGUGGUGUUGCUUGCCUUGCUAGCAGACAUCAGGGGACACCUGCUCUAGAUGUGCUUCUACUCUGUAUGAGAACAGGAACAUACAUGGACUUAUUGUAAAUAAAUUAAGGACAAGUGGGCCAUGAUUGAGGACUGGAGAGCCUAUCCAGUGAGUAAUGCAUAUGAGUAUCAUAGCUGCUCAGGAGUCUCUUGUGCCCCAUUAACCCCACGAUGUGCCCUGUAGUUGACCUCCAAAUAAGUGAAAUGUCACUGCACAUUAGUCCUAAGAUUAUUAUCUACCUCUUUGAUUGAAAAAGUCCACUGAAGAUUAUAUAAUAGACUGUUCCCAAUAAUAGGAGACAAGGCAGCAAUAAUGUAAAGAUGAAAAACAGUCUUUGGCAUUGGAAAGAUCUGGGUGGGAAUCCUAAUGUUUCCAUUUCCCAGCUGCUUUGAUUGAUUUGGGCCCAGGCUACCCACCCUCCAUUCUGCACCUUAGGGUCAUGAGAAUGAAAGGAGAUAAUACAGGAAGGUUCCCAGCACAGUGCCUGACAAAAAAGGAGAGAAGGGGCUAGGAAAUCAGAAUUUCCUUGGGUGCUUGAGGGUGGCAGUAAGGAAGAUGAGUGUGGGAACCUGAAGGGAACACAGUAAAGGGGACAUGACACCCCGGCUUCCCACAAAGAGGUAGACAUGGUUGUGUGCACCCUGUGUGGUCUGCAGUCCUGGCUGUGGCCCCAGAGAGCUUGGGAGGGGGGCUGCCACUCCUCACCCCCAACUUGGGACUGGGAACUUUUCCUAGAAGGCUAGCUCUCAUCUCUCCCUUUUUUCCUUCUCUGAUAAACACGAGUUGGUGGGCCUGGUGAAGAGGGAACAAAGGGAAGGUGACAAUGCAUGGGGUAGGGGAACUGGACUGGACCAUGGUUUGCACCAACCUGAACCUAGCAACCAAUUGGAGCUGCACAAACAAGAAACAGAUGCCACACUGCUGAAGCCAGAGAAACUGCUGGCAGGGUUGGAACGGGGUGAGCCACCCCCUGCCCCAGGAGCCCCCAGAAGAAGAGGCAGUAUGCCUGUCCCCUACAAACACCAGCUGCGGCGGGCCCAGGCUGUAGAUGAACUUGACUGGCCACCUCAAGCCUCAUCCUCUGGCUCCUCUGACUCCUUGGGCUCGGGGGAGGCAGCCCCCACCCAAAAGGAUGGCAUCUUCAAGGUCAUGCUGGUGGGGGAGAGCGGUGUGGGCAAGAGCACCCUAGCAGGCACCUUCGGCAGUCUUCAGGGAGACAGUGCCCAUGAGCCGGAGAACCCAGAGGACACCUAUGAGAGACGCAUCAUGGUGGAUAAGGAGGAAGUGACUCUAGUUGUUUAUGACAUCUGGGAACAGGGUGAUGCAGGGGGGUUGCUGAGGGACCACUGCCUUCAGACCGGGGAUGCCUUUCUCAUCGUCUUCUCAGUCACCGACCGUCGAAGCUUCUCCAAAGUUCCAGAGACCCUACUUCGGCUCCGGGCUGGGAGGCCCCACCACGACCUGCCUGUCAUCCUCGUUGGAAACAAGAGUGACUUGGUCCGCUCCCGGGAGGUCUCACUGGAGGAGGGCCGCCACCUGGCAGGGACACUGAGCUGCAAGCAUAUCGAGACGUCUGCCGCGCUACACCACAACACGCGGGAGCUUUUCGAGGGCGCGGUGCGCCAGAUCCGGCUGCGGCGGGGCCGGAGCUGUCCGGGAGGUCCGCGGCACGAGUGGGGUAAUCCCCAGGGCCCCGCGCCGCCUGCGCGCCGCGAGAGCCUCACCAAGAAGGCCAAGCGCUUCCUUGCCCACUUGGUGCCGCGCAACGCCAAGUUCUUCAAGCAGCGUUCCAGGUCGUGUCACGACCUCUCCGUGCUCUGAGCCGCAGUCUCCAUGGUCACCGCGGGUCGCCAUGGUCACCGAGCCCUCGGCUCGUCCCCUCGCCCGCUCCCUGCCCCAUGUCCGGCUUCCUUUGUGAAGACAGUCUAGGAAACCAAACCAAAAACUCCCAGGACGCCCUGGUGUGACCUAGGGGGCAGGGCCCCGGCCCCCACGGAGACACCUACUGCCCCGGAGCCCGCCAAGGA